AUGCAUUUUUCAAAUAAUUCAAGUCGAUUCUUAUCACUUUUUAUAAUUUUCUCACAACUCAUAAUCACUUCUUAUUCGACGCCAUUUUCAUCUCACCUUCAAAAACGUGACUUUUCAGGUCGUGGUACAUUUUACGAUCCAAGUUUAGGUGCAUGCGGUAAAGUUUCAUCAGGGUCAGAUUUGAUAGUAGCGCUUAACGCUGCUCAAUUUGAUAAAACGUUAAAUCCUAACAAUAAUCCAAUAUGUGGUAAAAGUGUUACUAUAACCGGUCCAGAUGGAACCGUUACUUGUAGAGUUGAAGAUAGAUGUCCUUCGUGUCCUUUUGGUGGUUUGGACUUAUCUCGAGCCGCUUUCGAUAAAAUUAGCAAUCUCGAUCGUGGUAUUGCAGAGAUUACUUGGCAUUUUAAUUAA